CUGUCCUAUGCCUGCAACCCAAAAUGCAGCCAAUCCUUUCUUUGGUAAUAUUCGCCAAAACAUGGAUCUCAUUGGUGGCGUGGGUCAAAUGCCCAUCAAGCACCCUGCAUCCAUGACCCAGUCAUUCGAAGAGGAGCUUCCCGACUGGCUUCAGGCUGCCUCUAACGCGAAGAACAACGGAAAGCUGGUGGCAGACAAGUUCCUGCAUAUCGAAAAGCGUGAGCAGAAACGAAUGCAGGAGGCUUUGUCGGGUAAAGUAGUUUACGGCACCCCGACUGCCGAAGGACAGCCAGCCAAAAGCAUACAGAUUGCGGGAAUCGAGAAGGGUUCCAAGAACCGAUAUAACAGCAUCUGGCCUUAUGAGCAUUCUCGUGUCAAGCUGCAGGGCGUCGAUUCUAGUGGUUGCGAUUAUGUCAAUGCCAACCACAUCCAACCAUCCAUGUCCAACAAGCGGUAUAUUGCCACACAAGGCCCACUGCCGGCCACAUUCAACGAUUUCUGGAACGUUGUGUGGCAGCAGGAUGUCCGUGUGAUUGUCAUGCUCACUGCCGAACAAGAGGGUGGCCAACUCAAGGCACACAACUAUUGGUCAAAUAGGCAGUACGGUCAUUUGCACCUAAACGAACUGGGUGAACGUAAAGCUUCUCUCGAGCCAUCGAAAAUCCACAAACAUCGCGAGCAGUGGAGGCCUCCUCUGGGUCAACGACGCUCCACAAACCCACCGAAGUCUGCAUUCUUCACCAAGGAAGCCACAGUAACCCCGCAGAGCAAUGAUCAGCCCUUUGUAACUGUCCGAAAAUUUACGCUUUCCAAUGAUGAAGAGCCUUUCGCUAGGAUGCGAGAGAUCACACAGCUCCAAUAUUCUCAUUGGCCUGAUUUCGGCGCCCCCGCUCACCCCACGCAUCUACUAGGACUCAUUGAACAAUGCGAUGCUGUUUGUCGACAAGUCAAUGGCGGGUCUCCCUCGUGCCCGGAUCCACCAAACACUCGCCCGGUGCUCGUGCACUGCUCUGCUGGCUGCGGUCGUACUGGAACUUUCUGCACCGUUGAUUCCGUUCUUGAUAUGCUCAAGCGUCAACGGCAGACGCGUAAUGUCCGACAAAGCACGCCCAUGGAACUCGAUCCCCUCUCGCCCAACUCCAAACCCCAGGGAAGUCCGAUGGUCGUUGAUGGAAACGACAAGACACGUAAGAACUCCGCAUCAAGUACCGAGGACAAAAACAGUACAGCAAACAACGUGUCCAAAGCUGCAAGUCAAGAAAGCAACUGGAUUACGAGGGAAGAUAUCGACUUGAUCGAGAAAACAGUUGAGGAUUUCAGGCUACAGAGACUGAGUAUGGUGCAGAGCUUGCGGCAAUUUGCAUUGUGCUAUGAGAGUGUGCUCGAGUGGCUGGUGGAGCAAUAUCCGAAGUCUGCUUGA